GGAAAAUUGAGAAAAUAAAAUAAAAUAGAGGAACAAAAAAAUUGCAGAAGAAAAGAAAAAUGGAAGCACAAAUGUCAGUGAGGCGAGCCCAAGUCUUGGCCACCUCUCUCUUUCAUUGAUCUCUUUCCCCACACCAUAAAGUUUGAUUCUUCUUGCUGCGAAAUCAUUUCCUUUCUUCUCGAUUGAAAUCUCUCUCUCUCUCUCUCUCUCGGGAUUUCUGGGUUUCUCUUCUGAUUAAGAAAGGAAAGUGGGAACUUCGGACGAAAUGGGUACUUGGAGGAGCCAAUUGAAGGCCAUGCUCCGCAAAAAUUGGCUCCUCAAAACUCGCCAUCCCUUCGUUACUUCUGCCGAGAUUUUGCUUCCGACUGUUGUAAUGUUGUUGUUGAUAGCUGUGAGGACACAGGUUGACACCAAAAUUCAUCCGGCUCAAUCGAACUUAGAGAAAGAUACACUGGUCGAAGUGGGCAAAGGUGUAUCUCCCAGUUUUCCAGAAGUUUUGAAGCUUUUGCUUGCUGAAGGGGAAUAUCUAGCUUUUGCACCUGACACAGAUGAAACAAAGAACAUGAUCGACAUUUUGUCUCUAAAGUUUCCGGAACUGCGGCUAGUUACUAAAAUUUUUGAAGAUGACAUUGAGCUGGAAACUUAUAUAACCUCUGCGCAUUAUGGUGCCUGCAGCGAACUGAGGAAUUGUUCGAAUCCAAAAAUAAAAGGAGCUGUGGUAUUCCAUGAACAAGGACCUCAUUUAUUUGACUAUAGCAUCCGCUUGAACCACACAUGGGCAUUCGCAGGAUUCCCAAAUGUUAAGUCCAUCAUGGACACAAAUGGACCUUAUGUCAAUGAUCUGGAACUGGGAAUUAAUACCAUACCAACAAUGCAAUACAGCUUCAGCGGAUUCUUGACUCUUCAGCAGGUGGUAGACUCUUUCAUUAUAUUUUCUUCUCAGCAAAACAUAGACUUGCCAUUAUCACAUUCAUCUACUGGUUCAGCUUCACCCUUUGAGCUGCCAUGGAGUCUGUUUAGCCCCUCAAAGAUAAGAAUGGUUCCAUUUCCAACCCGUGAAUACACUGAUGAUGAGUUUCAGUCUAUUGUCAAAAGCGUAAUGGGAUUGUUGUACCUGCUGGGAUUUCUGUAUCCAAUCUCGCGGCUUAUCAGCUACUCUGUCUUUGAGAAGGAGCAGAAAAUAAGAGAAGGACUUUACAUGAUGGGCUUGAAGGAUGAGAUAUUCCAUUUGUCAUGGUUUAUCACAUAUGCAUUGCAGGCAGCUGGAAAAAGUAGACUAUUGCCUCAUUUCUUUCGAUAUAAUUUUGCAUUAUGCUCUGGGAUUAUUACAGCUUGUACGAUGGGAAGUCUCUUUAAGUAUAGUGAUAAGACAUUAGUCUUCACAUACUUCUUUUUAUUUGGGCUCAGUGCAAUCAUGCUCUCAUUUCUUAUAUCAACAUGUUUCACUCGAGCAAAGACAGCUGUGGCAGUUGGGACCCUAGCCUUUCUCGGAGCCUUCUUCCCUUACUAUACUGUAAACGAUGAAUCUGUGUCCAUGGUAUUGAAGGUAGUUGCUUCUUUGCUUUCACCUACUGCAUUUGCUCUUGGAUCAAUCAACUUUGCUGAUUAUGAGCGUGCACAUGUUGGACUUCGUUGGAGCAAUAUAUGGCUGGCAUCUUCUGGAGUUAGUUUUUUUGUCUGCCUCUUGAUGAUGCUGUUCGACUCUAUUCUUUACUGCGCCAUUGGUCUUUAUCUGGACAAGGUCCUCCCCAGGGAAAAUGGUGUGCGGUACCCAUGGAACUUCAUCUUCAGCAAGUGCUUUGGGAGGAAGAAAAACAACAUCCAAUAUCGCAUUCCAGGUCUCAAAACUAGUACGCUCCCAGAGAAUAUAGAGGUUACUCAGGGCGAGCCUUUUGAUCCAGUUACUGAAUCGAUAAGCCUGGAAAUGAGGCAACAAGAGCUUGAUGGGAGGUGCAUACAAGUUAAAAAUCUGCAUAAGGUCUUUGCCUCAGGAAGGGGGAAUUGUUGUGCAGUUAGUUCAUUGCGACUUACAUUGUACGAGAACCAGAUACUUUCACUUCUGGGCCAUAAUGGGGCUGGUAAAAGCACAACAAUAUCAAUGCUUGUCGGCCUUCUUCCUCCAACUUCUGGAGAUGCCCUGAUACUUGGAAACAGUAUCGUAACAAACAUGGAUGAGAUACGGAAAGAACUAGGUGUUUGCCCUCAGCAUGACAUCCUCUUUCCAGAACUGACAGUUAGAGAACACUUGGAGAUGUUUGCGGUUCUUAAAGGUGUUAAGGAAGAUUCCUUGAAAAGCACAGUUGCUAAUAUGGCGGAGGAAGUGGGAUUGUCUGAUAAAAUUAGUACACUUGUGCGGGCACUUUCCGGAGGUAUGAAGAGGAAAUUGUCACUUGGAAUCGCAUUGAUAGGAAACAGUAAGGUGAUUAUUCUCGAUGAACCAACCAGUGGAAUGGAUCCGUACUCAAUGCGUCUUACAUGGCAAUUGAUUAAGAAAAUUAAAAAGGGCAGAAUAAUAUUGCUAACAACGCAUUCCAUGGACGAAGCUGAAGAACUUGGAGAUCGGAUAGGAAUCAUGGCUAAUGGAUCUCUCAAGUGUUGUGGCAGCUCUAUGUUCCUGAAGCAUCACUACGGGGUUGGUUACACUCUUACGCUAGUAAAGACUUCUCCAGCUGUCUCUGUUGCCUCACGUAUAGUUCAUCGUCACAUUCCAUCAGCAACCUGUGUGAGUGAGGUGGGAAACGAAGUCUCUUUCAAGCUUCCAUUGGCAUCCUUGCCUUGCUUUGAAAACAUGUUCAGAGAAAUUGAGAGUUGCAUGAAGAGUUCUGAUCACAGAUCUGGGAUUAGUGAGAUUGAGGGUUCAGAUUAUCCUGGUAUUCAGAGCUAUGGUAUAUCUGUCACGACACUUGAAGAGGUGUUUCUAAGAGUUGCUGGCUGUAACUUAGAUAUCGAGGAUAAGCAGGAAGAUACAUUUGUUUCUCCUGAUACCGACGCUUCUCUGGUAUGCAUUGGGUCUACUCAGAAGAGUACGAUGCAACCCAAAUUGCUAGCAAGUUGUAAUGAGGGUGCUGGAGUUGUAAUUACCUCAAUUGCAAAAGCUUGCAGAUUGAUCGUUGCUGCAAUUUGGACUUUAAUUGGAUUCAUUAGCAUGCAGUGUUGUGGUUGUUCUGUUAUCUCAAGGUCAAUGUUUUGGCGGCAUUUCAAAGCAUUGUUCAUAAAAAGAGCAAGAUCUGCAUGCAGAGACCGCAAAACAGUGGCUUUCCAGCUCAUCAUCCCAGCGGUUUUCUUGCUUUUUGGCCUUCUUUUCCUUCAGCUCAAACCACAUCCUGAUCAGAAAUCCAUAACGUUGACAACUGCAUAUUUUAACCCUCUCCUUAGUGGCAACGGUGGUGGUGGUCCGAUUCCUUUUGAUCUGACUGAGCCAAUUGCCAAAGAGGUUGCACAAUAUAUUGAAGGAGGCUGGAUUCAACCAUUGAGGAAUAGUUCAUAUAAGUUUCCUAAUCCAAAAGAGGCAUUGGCUGAUGCAAUUGAUGCAGCAGGUUCCACGUUGGGGCCCACUCUACUUUCUAUGAGCGAAUUUCUGAUGUCUAGUUUUGAUCAGUCCUACCAGUCAAGUGAGACCAAAGCUCUCAUUAUUAUGAAACGUAUGCAUUUGAAGAGCUGCUCUUGGAACUAUGUCAGUUUAAGAUACACCGUGCUACACAACGGUACUUGUCAGCAUGCUGGUCCAAUCUACAUCAAUGUUAUGCAUGCUGCGAUUCUCCGACUUGCUACUGGUAACAAGAAUAUGACAAUUCAAACCCGAAACCAUCCUUUGCCACCAACAAAAAGUCAGCGCAUUCAGCGUCAUGAUUUCGAUGCCUUUUCCGCUGCAAUUAUUGUUAGCAUCGCAUUUUCGUUCAUCCCAGCCUCCUUUGCUGUUCCCAUUGUCAAGGAGAGGGAGGUAAAAGCAAAGCAUCAACAGCUUAUUAGUGGGGUUUCUGUCCUUUCAUACUGGUUAUCAACGUACGUAUGGGAUUUCGUCAGUUUCUUAUUUCCGUCAACAUUUGCAAUAAUCCUCUUCUACGCUUUUGGUCUGGAACAGUUUAUUGGAAUAGGUCGGUUUCUGCCGACUGUCCUUAUGCUCCUGGAGUAUGGCUUGGCAAUUGCAUCAUCAACUUACUGUCUUACAUUUUUCUUCACCGAGCAUAGCAUGGCUCAGGCAACUUCCAACUACUCUAAUGUUAUUCUUAUGGUCCACUUCUUCUCUGGUCUUAUCCUUAUGGUUAUCUCAUUUGUUAUGGGCCUUAUUCCAGCGACUGUUAGUGCAAACGCAUAUCUUAAGAACUUCUUCAGAUUAUCACCUGGAUUUUGCUUCUCUGAUGGAUUGGCUUCAUUAGCUCUUCUAAGACAGGGGAUGAAAGACAAAUCCAGUCAUGGGGUGUUUGAUUGGAAUGUCACUGGAGCGUCCAUCUCUUACCUAGCUUUGGAGAGUAUAUUCUACUUCCUUGUGACGCUUGGGCUUGAGCUCGUGCCUGUUCAAAAGAUUAUGUCUUUCUCAAUUGGGGACUGGUGGCAGAAUUUGAAAGCUUUCAAACAAGGUGCUAAUUCUAGUUCUACAGAGCCACUUCUGAAGGAUUCGAGUGAAGCCAUUUCCGCUGAUAUGGAGGAUGACAUAGACGUGAAAGAGGAAAGAGACAGGGUGAUUUCAGGGGUGACAGACAACACCAUAUUCUACUUACAGAACCUGAGGAAGGUCUAUCCUGCUUACAAACAUCACAGCCCAAAAGUAGCUGUACAGUCCUUAACUUUCUCGGUCCAAGCAGGAGAAUGUUUUGGCUUUUUAGGAACGAAUGGAGCUGGGAAGACUACUACCUUGUCUAUGUUAUCUGGAGAAGAAACCCCAACUAGUGGAACUGCCUUUGUCUUUGGUAAAGACAUUGUAUCGAGUCCCAAAGCUAUCCGUCAGCAUAUUGGCUACUGCCCCCAGUUUGAUGCUUUAUUCGACUAUUUGACUGUGAAGGAGCACCUUGAAUUUUAUGCAAGGAUCAAAGGAGUGGUUGAUCAUAGAAUUGAUAAUGUGGUUUUGGAGAAGUUAGUCGAGUUUGACUUGUUGAAACAUUCUCACAAGCCAUCGUUCACUCUUAGCGGCGGAAACAAGCGCAAACUGUCCGUUGCUAUUGCAAUGAUUGGAGAUCCUCCCAUUGUCAUUCUUGAUGAACCAUCUACAGGUAUGGACCCUGUUGCCAAAAGAUUCAUGUGGGAUGUAAUAUCCCGCCUGUCGACAAGGAGUGGAAAGACAGCGGUCAUUCUGACUACUCAUAGCAUGAAUGAAGCACAAGCGCUUUGCACUAGGAUCGGGAUCAUGGUUGGAGGCCGCCUAAGAUGCAUAGGGAGUCCACAACACUUAAAGACGCGCUUCGGAAACCACCUUGAGUUAGAGGUCAAACCCAACGAAGUCAGCCAUGUGGACUUGGAGAACUUUUGCCAAAUGAUUCAGCAAUGGCUCUUUAACGUUCCUUCACAGCCUAGAAGUUUGCUCGGUGAUCUCGAAGUUUGUAUCGGUGUCUCUGACUCUAUUACUCCUGAUACGGCUUCAGCAUCAGAAAUCAGUUUGUCACCAGAAAUGAUACAAAGGAUUGCGAAGUAUCUUGGUAAUGAACAGAGAGUGAGUACUCUGUUACCUCCCAUGCCUGAGGAAGAUGCUCGAUUCGAUGAUCAGUUAUCAGAACAGCUGUUUCGAGAUGGUGGUAUUCCACUGCCAAUAUUUGCGGAGUGGUGGCUAACCAAAGAAAAGUUUUCAGCAUUGGAUUCUUUCAUACAAUCUUCGUUUCCAGGCGCAACAUUCAAGAGCUGCAAUGGGUUGAGCAUUAAAUACCAGUUGCCAUUUGGAGAAGGAGGAUUGUCACUUGCAGAUGCCUUUGGACACCUUGAACGAAACCGGAAUCUGUUGGGAAUAGCUGAAUACAGUAUAAGUCAAUCCACUCUCGAGACCAUAUUCAACCAUUUUGCAGCUAACUCAUAACCACUUAAAGCAUUAUUGCGGCUUGUAUAACCAAAACUCUUGAUGACCACAGCCCAAAGAGAGAACUGAUCACUCACCCAAAAUAGUUGUAAAUAUGGCAAAUAUAUGAGCAACUGUGCUCUUUACGUCUAUAUAUACAAAAUGUUGUAAUGUACCAAUACCAUGUUUUGAACUCGAGAUUUUAUCAAAUACAAAUCCGAGGUUUUGAUCUUUCAUGUCUUACUUUUAAUUAAAGAUAUCUAUGCAAACUUGUAAGAAUCUGAAGAAGCUGGUAAAGGAAUUCAAUCUUAGAUCUGUUUCACUCCAGCUUCACUCCAAACAACUUAAGCCCCUCAUCUUCAUUAUCAUCAUCGGUGUAGUUUCCUUCUUCUUCGUCUUCUUCUCCUCCUCCGUAUCUCUCCACCAACUCCAUAAGCUGUUUGCAUUUCUUCUUGGUCUUGUCGAGUUCUGAGCUCAAGAGCUCAUUUUCAUUCUUCAAGCACUUGUUUUCGUCGAGUAAUGCAGAGUAUACAAAGGAGGAGGAAGUUGAGGAAGACCGUUGAUCCUCAUGGUUAUGAUCAAUCCCAAGCCGUUGAUGAUCUUCUUGAUUCACCGUCGCUGUUGUCGUUGGUACAACCUGAUGAGACUUGUUGUGUGAGUGUGAGUGUGACCAACUCUUCCUUCUUCGGAUAUUGCACAUAAGCUCUCUUUGCCCCUUUCGAAACAUCUCAUUACUAAAUUCCCAUCUUAUCGUCGAUAAAUUAACGUACGUAAGUGUUGAGCUGGCGAACAAAGCUAGAGAAGUUGCAAUGCUUGAAAAGUGUUGGUAAGAGAUCUCUAGCGAACUCCGCCGGUUGCCACACGACGAAGCCGCUUCCAUCUCCGUUCCAAGAUAUAACCUCGUCUGUUGUCGGAUCCUCAACCACCUUGUAUGUCUUCACCAAGAACGGUGGUGGUGGCGGCGGCUGUAGCUCCGCCGUGGAUGUUGGUUUCCCGGUCAUAAACUCUGACGGCAAACGGUCUAUGUCGUUAAUGUUGUUAUCGUUACACCGUAAAUGAUCAGCAGCAUCUUCCUCCAUCAAGAAGAAGUAUUAUUUCAUGAAGAGAACAAGUGGUGGUAGAUCUCAAUCCAGAAAGACGUAACACGACUCCAUAGAUGGAGAAAGAGACGUUAUUUAGUUUAAUAAAGUGGUUGAGACAAUAAU